AUGUCUGGAAAAUUUGAGCCCAAGGUCCCGGUUCAGCUCAACCCUCCCAAGGACGAUCCCAUCUCUGUGGAGGAUCUUGCAAAGGCUGAUGGAACCGAAGGCCAAAACUGCUAUGUUGCCAUCAAGGGCAAGGUCUACGAUGUAACUGGCAACAAGGCAUAUCAGCCAGGCGGUUCAUACCACGUAUUUGCUGGCAAGGACGCCUCCAGGGCUCUUGGAAAGACCUCUACGAAGGCUGAGGACGUCUCUUCUGAGUGGCAAGACCUCCCCGACAAGGAGAAGGGAGUCCUCAACGAUUGGAUCACGUUCUUUUCCAAAAGAUACAAUGUGGUAGGGGUCGUUGCCGGAGCCACCAACAUGGAAUAA